UAUGUGGUAGAGACAAGGAGCCAAUUGUUGUUGUCUUGUUUGGCCCCAUGGUUUGUUAUACCCGCUACCAGAAUUGAAUUUCUACUCAUUCCAGUUUAGUAGUGUACUAUAGAAAACUUUCAGCGGAUUGUGCAAUUUCAAGAUUUGUUUUUUUUUUUGAAAAUUUGAGGAAUGGCCAAAUAUAUUUGAACAAUCUGUUGUAUCUUUUCUCAUACCCUUUUGCUUCCAUGCAUAAAUUGAAAAACACACACACACACCUAAUUAAGAGAUCCAUGCAUAAAUUGAAAAACACACACACACACACCUAAUUAAGAGAUAGAGAGAGAGAAAGCAGAGAGUGUGUGUUGUGUUGGUUGAGAGAGAGAGAGGAGGAAUAGAUCCAAAAAUGCAGCUGACCUUUUCAAGUAAAUCACUUCUCUCUUUUUUUUUUAAGUAUUUUUUUUUCUUAUUUGCCCCAAAAUCAAAAGAAAGGAAACAAAUCUCUAAACUUCAAAGGAUAGAUUGUAUUUUUUAAAACUUUUCUCUUUGCUUCCUCUUAUUAGCUUGAAGGUCAGAUCUUGUACUUAGCUAGAGAACAACUGUCACAUCCCAAACUCUGAUCCCUAAGAAAGCAUCAAGCUUUGUCGUUUUGUGCAGCAUUUUUCUGAGCUUGUUUGGUGUUGGAUCAUUUGUCUUAAGAUCAAUGGAGAAGAUGAUAGAGAGGGAGUACAUGUGCAAGUUCUGUAACAAGAAGUUCCCUUCUGGUAAAUCACUUGGAGGUCACAUCAGGAUUCACACCAACCAUUACUCACUUCUUUCAAGUAGCUACAAUAAUGCCAAGAAUCCUAAGAAGAAGAAGAAGAAGAAGAAGAAGAAGAGGUUGGUGGCUAUGAAACAGCAACAACAACUUUGUUGCAGAGAAUGUGGUAAAGCUUUUGAUUCUUUGAAAGCUCUUUGGAAUCACAUGGAUUGUUGUCACUGUGAGGGAGAGAAGUUGGUGAUGGAUAGCCAAUCUGAUACUGAGACUACUUCUUCAGGUCCUACCAGGAAAAGAUCCAAGAAGCAGUUCAGUUCAGAGUCUUUUAGUAAUGGGAGCUCGUCUUCUUCUGCUUGUGAGAUUGACCAAGAACAUAAGAACUCUGUUUUGUCUCUCAUGAUGAUGUCUAUGGAUUCUAGAGGACUUACCUUGGUGGUGAACUCUCUAGUAGCUGAGUCAUCAGAGAACAACUCUGUUGGUGAUGAUAAUGGGGCUAUUCUCUAUGAUUCAUAUAGCUCAGACUCUGAUUACUUCAUGAAUGGUCCAAAGAGGUCAGACUCAGCUAUCUCGGUUGAUGGGUGUCUUAGUAACAAUGGUGAUGAUCUUGCGGUCAAGGAGGGAAGAUCAAAGUAUGAGCUGCGCAAAAGCAAAAGGGUUGUCUUGCCUUGUUAUGAGAGUGAUUCUUGUGCAGUAGACACAAACAGCAAGAUUCAUAGCAAGAAAGCAAUUAGUGCAAACAAGAAUGGCAAAUGUCACGAGUGCCCAUUCUGCUUCAGAGUGUUCAAGUCAGGACAAGCUUUAGGAGGUCACAAGAGAUCACAUUCUUUUGUGAACCAAGAACACAGGGUCAAACACAAAGCUGCUGAUAUGCGAAUCGAUCUCAAUCGUCCUGCUCAUGAUAGUUGAAGAAUGAACCAGAACCUGAAACCACAGCUCAUCCCUUGGUUUUGUUAUAUUCUGGUGUUUGUUCUAGAUUUUCUUAAAGGUAAUUCAAAUGUUUGUUCAUGUAAAGCCUUAUCAGUUAGCCAUUUCUUUGCUUUAGGACUUCGAGUGUUGAUCUGAAGCUUCAUGUCUCUUACUAAGAUUCUUCUUGUCUUCAACAUUUAAAGAUCUUUUGUUUCCCUAGC